GGAGCGGGAAAAUAUCAGUCACAUGCACGAAAACGACGACGACGUCCGGCAAGAAAACGACGAUCUACACAGCGGCUACGACCUUAAGCUCCUUCAUUUUCACCAUUUCCUUUCACUCAGAAAGUGGGUCCCUUGUUAGCUGGACGGUUGGGAAAAAAAUUAAAAAAAAAUUUAAAAAAAAAAGAAAAAAAAGAAAGAAAGACAAGCAUGCUUUUGUUUGUCUCCUUUUUACCUUUUUAAUGCUGUUGCCUAAACCACUUAUCUACUUUCUUGCAUUCUAAUCUAUUUCCAAACACUCUCUCUUUCUCUUUUUGUUUUCAUAUAAUUUUCAAAGGGUCAGGGUGGUAAGGAAAUUAGGAAUAUUCCCAACUUAGUAUUCCCUCUAUUUGUAUUUUCUGCACAAUAACAACAAACAAAAUCAAUUUUCCAUUGGAUCCAUCAAAACCCAUGUCCAGAAAAAUAUAACAGAUUUUGCACUGCAGAAUUUUUUCAAUUAUCGUGGUUGUUUUGUGGAGUUCCAGAGCUGUGCAAUGUCUCUUUACUCUAAAGACGCAGAGUUAGAAUUCCAGGGUGCAGGAGCAAAAGCUGGCUUAGAAAUUUGGUGUGUUGAGAACCUCCGGUUGGUUUCCAUACCAAAGUCUUCACAUGGGAAAUUUUAUUGUGGAAGUGCAUAUAUAGUUUUGCAUACAACUUUGCCGAAAAGUGGAGCUCCACAGCAUGAUGUACACUAUUGGCUUGGAAAUGAUGCCUGCAAGGAAGACUCAGUGUUUGCAUCAGAUAAAUCACUUGAACUAGAUGCAAUCCUAGGGUCCUGCACCGUGCAAUAUAGGGAAAUCCAAGGCCAAGAAACAGGGAAGUUUUUGUCGUACUUCAAACCCUGCAUUAUACCUAUUGAAGGUGUAUAUACUUCACAAAAAGGGCAGUUACAUGAUGAAAAAUAUCAAGUCAGCAUGUUAACAUGCAAGGGAGACCAUGUUGUUCGUGUUAAAGAGGUGCCUUUUUCUCGGUCAUCAUUGAAUCACAAUGACGUAUUCAUUCUUGAUACUGCAUCAAAAAUAUUCCUCUUUAGUGGGUGCAACUCUAGCAUACAAGAAAGAGCUAAAGCUUUGGAGGUUGUGCAGUACGUCAAAGAUACUAAGCAUGGUGGCAACUGUCAGGUGGCAACUGUAGAGGAUGGAAAAUUUGUUGGUGAUCCUGAUGUUGGUGAAUUCUGGAGUUUGUUUGGUGGUUAUGCUCCCAUUCCAAAGGACUCACCUUCUUCUAUUCAAAAUCAGUCUAAUACAUCAUCUGCAAAACUGUUCUGGAUAACCACCCAGGGUAAACUAUGUCAAAGUGGAAAUAAUUCAUUAAGUAAAGAAAUGCUUGAGCCAGACAAGUGCUAUAUGUUGGACUGUGAUGAUGAGAUUUUUGUUUGGAUGGGAAGACAGACGUCAAUAACAGAACGGAAGACCUCAAUCUCAUCAACAGAAGAAUUCCUCAGAAGUCAAGACAGGUCAGCUGGUACCCAUCUAACUUCGAUAACUGAAGGGUUGGAAACCGCCAAAUUUAGGUCAUACUUUGAUAAUUGGCCUCAAAUGGUUGCGCCCCGGCUGUAUGAAGAAGGUCGAGAAAAAGUAGCAGCCAUAUUCAAGCAGCACGGUUAUGAAGUGAAAGAGCUACCUGAAGAAGAUGUGCAGCCACUUAUAGAUUGCAGAGGCACACUAAAAGUUUGGUGGGUAGAUGACAAUGAAUUGUCCCUUAUUCCAGGUCCAGAACAGAAAAAGCUUUUCAGCAGUGAUUGCUAUAUUUUGCAAUAUACGUACCCUAGUGAUGAAAGGGAUGAGAAUCUAUUUUAUGCAUGGAUUGGACGUGGGAGUGUUAUGGAAGAUAGAAGGGAUGCUAUCUCCCAUAUGAAUGUCAUUGCUGAUUCAACCAGGGGAAAUCCUGUUUUGGCACAGGUUGUACAGGAUAAGGAGCCAGUUCAGUUCUUUUUUAUUUUCCAGACAUUAAUUAUUUUCAAGGGAGGCAAGAGUGCAGGAUACAAGAAACUCAUAAUAGAAAAAGGUAUUGCAGAUGAGACUUAUGAUGAAAGCAAGAUAGCUCUUUUCCGUGUUCAAGGGACAAGUCCUAGUAAUAUGCAAGCCAUCCAGGUUGAACAAGUUUCAACUUCACUGAACUCGUCCUACUGUUAUAUCCUGCAAGCUGGAACAUCUGUCUUCACCUGGAUUGGGAGUCUCUCAUCAACCAGAGACCAUGAUCUGCUUGACAGAAUGGUGGAGCUCAUAAAUUCAACAUGGCAACCCAUAUCAGUGAGGGAAGGGAGUGAACCUGAUGUGUUUUGGAAUGCUCUUGGUGGAAGGGCAGAUUAUGCAAGGGCGAAAGAGAUAAAAGGACAUCCAGAAGAUCCACAUUUGUUUAUGUUGAACAUUACUGAUGAUGAUUUCAAGGUGAAAGAGAUAUACAAUUUCACUCAGGAUGAUUUAACCACUGAAGAUGUUUUAGUGCUAGACUGCCAUACUGAGAUAUUUGUUUGGAUUGGAUGCCAUUCAAAUGUUAAAUCAAAGCAACAAGGCCUUACACUUGGCAUGAAAUUUCUUGAGAAAGAUGUACUUGUUGAAGGGCUAUCUUCAGAGACUCCUAUAUAUGUUGUUAGCGAAGGGCAUGAACCACCAUUUUUCACUUGUUUCUUUGAAUGGGAUUCCUCAAAGGCAAAUAUGCAUGGCAAUUCAUUUGAGCGAAAGCUUGCUUUGUUGAAGGGAAAACCAAAAACCCUAGAGGCACCUGUACGAAACUCUAGGAAAACAUACUCCAGGGAGACUACCCCAGAUGGUGUAAGAAGCAAACCUGUCAAUUCUAAUGGCUGGGGAAGAAGCAUAUCUCCUGCAUCCGGUGUUUCAAGUCCAACUCCACCACUUGCCAGAGAACUUUUUUCAGGAUCUUCUCCUCUUAGCACUCCUGAUGGGUCAUUGAAGUCCAGAGAAUCUCCAAGAAUAGAUGAAAAAUCAUCACCAUCUAAGAAUGGGGGUUUCAUUCAGGCUGAUGGAAGUGAGGCUGCUAUAAAUCUGUUGAUAUAUCCAUAUGAACGAUUAAAAGUGGUUUCUAAGGACCCAGUAACAGGCAUAGACGUAACCAAAAGAGAGGCAUAUCUGUCUGUGGAAGAGUUUGAAGCAAAAUUUGGGAUGACAAAAAUGGACUUCUACAAGCUACCAAAAUGGAAACAAAACAAGCUAAAGAUGUCACUCAAUCUCUUUUAAACCUACCUUUCAGACAGUAACCUGAAGCAAAGAAAUCCACUGAUUUUCCAAAAAUAGAAGACCAUGUGGCAUUUUAUAUCCAGAUGUUAACUGGUGAAGCUAUUUUGUACCCAAAUCUGUGCUGCCGAAUCUUCUACUCAACUUCCACUGCCAAAGGAAAACCUUGAAUUUAACAGUUUUUUUUUUUUUUUUUUUUCCUCUUGUUUUGGGUGGGGAAUGAAUGGAUUGUUGUUGUAAAAAGAGCAGGAAUCCUUAAAAGGAAACAGAAAGUGUCAUUUAAUUACCUUUUUCACAUUGUGGAUUUGUGGUGGUAUGAUUUUCACUGAGAUUGACAACUCUCCUAAUAUAGGUGCUUUUGAAUGGU